AUCUUCAUGCCAGCAUUGAACGAUUUCUCCUCGUGUCGACAAGUGCCGUUUCGACUGAUAUCCUUAUAUAGUUAGGGUCGUCUCGUGAUUCCGUUCGUAAAAUCAUAUGAUUUCUCUUGCCGCGCGUGAUCUGUGUACAUGUAUAUGUGUGUUUGAUUGAGUUAAAUCUUUAAUUCUCUGCAUCGAUACAAAGUAAUGUAAUACUAGUGUAUCAAAGAAACGAUUUAGUUAAUCUUAUAUCCUUAAAAGAGGCAGUCUGUGAAUUGGAAGCAAAUACUUUGCAUUUCAUCUUUGUUUCUCUUUGCUAAAGUAAUUAGCACGAAAAACAAUGUAUACAUCGGUCACCGAGAAGCAACAAGUGCUGCUGUUGCUUUUGACAGAAAUUAUUCUAAUUGUUUUAAUUGGAACAAUAAUGACGUAUGGCCCGGAAGCAAAUGCUAGUUUGCUUAAAAAUCACACCGGCAUUGCCGACAAACAUAAACAAACGAAGAAACCAGACGAAGAUUCAUUGCGGAUUUAUCCGAUGUAUCAAGAUGUCCACGUAAUGAUUUGGAUCGGCUUUGGCUUCUUAAUGACAUUUCUAAAGCGGUACAGUCAGAGCGCUGUAGGCUUGACUUUCCUUGUUGCUGCGAUACUCGUUCAAGUGGCUUUAAUCUGUGAUGGCGUGCUGCAAAUGACUUUGGGCAGCAAAGCUUAUCUUUCUUUGGAAAGCCUUCUUAAUGCCGAUGUUGCUGUUGCUGCACCACUUAUUUCCAUGGGUGUAGUCCUGGGUAAGGUGACUUAUAUGCAACUAAUAUUUAUGGGAAUAGUGGAACUGAUUAUGUUUACCAUCAACAAGUACAUAGGGGAGAAUUUAUUUAUGGCCGUCGACGCUGGUGGUAGUAUGUUUGUUCAUGUAUUUGGUGCAUACUUCGGAUUAGCUAUCAGUUUUAUAUUUGGAAUAAAGGAUCGACCAAAAGAAAAUGAGCUUGAGGGAUCAUCUUAUCAAUCAGAUAUAUUCGCCAUGAUUGGCACGGUGUUCUUAUGGCUAUUCUGGCCGUCAUUUAACAGCGCCGGAUUGAAAGGAGAUGAUCAACAACGGGCCAUAAUCAAUACUUUGCUAUCGAUUUCUGCUAGUUGCGUAGUCGCAUUCGCCGUAUCCGCAUUUGUUUCUAAAGAAAAUAAAUUUAAUAUGGUGCACGUGCAAAAUUCGACUUUGGCUGGUGGCGUAGCCGUCGGUACAGCUGCAGGUAUGAUGUGUGAACCAGUAGGUGCUUUGAUUAUCGGCGCUUUAUCCGGUUUUAUUAGUGUACUGGGAUACAAAUAUCUUACGCCAAUUAUACAGAAACGACUUCAAAUUCAUGACACUUGCGGGGUGCACAAUUUGCAUGGGAUGCCAGGCGUGUUGGCUGGACUUUUCGGCGCACUUAUGGCAGCUUUGGCCUCAGAAGAGUCUUAUGAUUACUCUCUGUAUGAGAUCUUUCCCGCACGAGCACCAAGUUCGGCGGGAAAACUCGAUGAAAUGAGGGACAUUUAUGGGAUAUCAGCGGGAUUUGAUAGGACUGCGCAUCAGCAAGCCGGAUACCAAUUACUGUCGUUAGUGGUCACCCUUGGAAUCUCCGUCGUAUCUGGAUUAAUAACUGGUUUAAUUCUACGUACAACAAAAUGCGGUUGGGUCACCGAUAAAGAGAAGUUUGACGAUAAAUAUGUUUGGGAAUUGGAAGAAGAAUCUCAGGACGACUCGUCCGGGAAAAUACGAAAAGAUAACACUCGUGCCAACGAUCAGAUAGCAAUGGGACAUAUUUAAUAAAUAGAUAUUUAUGAAACUAUUUAAACUUGCAUGUAAGUAUUAUUAAUAAAUAUAACGCUAUAUAUUUUGAUUUUAUUUUAACUAAU